UGAAGGAGCAAAACGGAAAAGCAAAAGUGAAAAACGCACAAUCAGGUAGAAAGUCAAAACGUACGCGUGAAAGCUUAAGACAACGCUGGAAUCGUGCUUUCAUGCCUAAAUUGCACAACUAACGUGAACCAUAGCGUUGUCUCAUGCCCCCUAAUUAUUUUUCAUGUGAGGGAUAAAAGCGUUGGCAUAACGAAGACCUUGACGUGGAAGAAUAAGAGCUUAGGUGGCCUAACUCUUCAAACCCGCCAACACCUUUUUCCAUCGUCUUCUUCAUAGUCAAUGCAAAUCAAUUCAACCACUUGAAUCCAAUAACCAUCAACACCAGCCAACCGUGCGAAUCUAAUUGGAAGGGACACUCUGAGUUUUCUCUAUCGUACCUACCCAAGUUUAUACAUGGAACAUUAACUGUCUUAAAAUCGUCAAAACAAUUAGCAUUCUUACGCCGUGGAUCGCGGUGGAUUUUCGCCAAAGUUACACACCUACAUACAUACAUACAUCUGAACACGUCUCAAACACUUCUCACAAACAACAAACGUACCUGUUCAUGUAUUAAACCGACAAUAAACCACCUUCUUCAUCUUCACAACAUAACUAGAUCCAUUGUUGUCAAGAUGCAGCUUUUUCACAAACCCACCAAGGUUCAAUCUCUGGUUAAUCUCAUCUUAGUCUCUUCUUCAUUCUGCGCCCUUUAUCUCGUCGUGUCAGUGCUUCUACUGGGGACAUCAAAGGUAGUCCACGUGAACAAGACAUCACAAGAUGUGUCCAGACCUACCACUCUUGAUCACCUUGUCUUUGGAAUUGCUUCAAGCAAGAGUUCGUGGGACAAGAGGAAGGAAUACGUGAAGCUGUGGUGGAACAACACCAACAAAGCAAUGAAGGGGUGCGUGUUCCUGGACAGUCUCCCAGAUGAAGAACAUGUCAGCAAUGAUACUUCUCUUCCUCCUCUUUGUGUCUCCGAAGACACUUCAAGGUUUCGUUUCACUCACAGGGGUGGACUUCGCUCCGCAAUACGCGUUGCACGUGUUGUUGCCGAGACCGUGGCAAUGAACAAUGAUUCAGACGUGAGGUGGUUCGUUUUUGGAGAUGAUGACACGGUUUUCUUCCCGGAGAACGUUGUCAAAACUCUUUCCAAAUAUGAUCACAACCUCUGGUACUACAUUGGUGCACACUCUGAGGUUUAUGAGCAGAACCGGGUGUUCGGUUUUGGAAUGGCUUAUGGUGGGGCAGGUUUUGCUAUCAGCUCCUCUCUGGCAAAGGUGUUGGCCAAGGUUUUUGAUUCAUGUAUAGAAAGGUACCCUCAUCUCUAUGGAAGUGAUGGAAGGGUGUACUCUUGCUUGGCAGAACUUGGGGUUGGAUUAACACAUGAACCCGGUUUUCACCAGGUAGAUUUGAAGGGAAACACCUUUGGUUUAUUGGCGGCACAUCCUUUGACUCCUUUGCUGUCCCUGCAUCACCCUGAUUAUACUGAUCCAAUCUUUCCGAACAUGACAACUACACAAGCUCUGAAGCAUUUAUUUGAAGCUGUAAAUGUGGAUUCCCAGAGGGUGCUGCAACAAGCAAUUUGCUAUGACAGACGGUUUUCAUGGACAGUUUCAGUGUCAUGGGGCUAUGCUGUUCAGGUUUUCCCGAACCACAUGCUUUUGCCAGACGUUCUAAAGGUGCAAGAGACAUUCAAGCAGUGGAAGAAGGGAAGCAUGUUGGCAAAAACAUACACUUUCAACACAAGACAACUUCACAACGACCCUUGUAAAAGACCCACCGUUUUCUUCCUAGACACUGUCUCAUCUGCCAUGGAUGGCACCAUUAGCAGUUACAAGAAAUCUUUCCAGAAUUGCUCAAACGAUGCCGUGUCACCGAACAAACUGGAAGUGAUCAAAGUGGUCUCACAAAAGUUAGACCCUGACAUCAAACAGUUACUUGCUCCAAGAAGGCACUGUUGUGAUGUGUUGCCCUCUACUGCGAAGGACAAAAUGGAAAUCGGAAUAAGGGAAUGCAAAGACCAGGAAAUGGUUUACAUGCACUGACAGAGACUUUUUUUAUUCGUAAUAUAAUGUGAAAGUCUCAUGUAGUUGAUGCUUGAUACGAAUGAAGAUAGAUGAGAUUACAAGAGUAGAUUAAUUAGAAGCUUUUACCCAACAUUUUGUAUCUCCAGUGUAAAAAAUACGACUGUGACCUGAAAUUAUUAUAUCACCAUUUUCUUCAA